ACCGAUAUAAGCGACUGAUAUAAGUGGCGUUAGAAGUGUGAUGUUAUGAGACGGAGUGGGGAAGUGAAAGCCGGGCUGAUCUCGGCGUGUGCGUGUCCAGCUGUGUCCAGGAGCCUGUGCGGACGGCUGGACGGUCACUGGAGACAUUUAUAAAUACUAAGCAGCUGCGCACCGGCGUGUCGCCUUGUCACCGCCUGUCUGCCAGGGGCUACCUGCCAUCGACCCGCCGGCCCAUGGGUGCACGGUGGUCCCUAAGUGCCGGCACCCUGUUGCCUCUUCCCAAAAGUGGGCAGAGGGGGCAGCAGGGGAGCGAGUGGGAGGAUGACAAUGACUCUCUGGAUGGUCGGGAUAGGCAGGAGGACAUUGCGCAGUUCCCUUAUGUUGAAUUCACUGGCCGGGACAGCAUCACCUGCCCCACCUGUCAGGGCACUGGCCGGAUCCCCUCAGGGCAAGUGAAUGAACUGGUGGCUUUGAUCCCCUACUCUGACCAGAGGCUGCAGCCCCAGAGAACGAAGCAGUACGUGGUCCUGUCCGUAGUGCUCUGUCUGCUGGCUUCCUCGCUGGUGGCGUUCUUCCUCUUCCCGCGCUCCGUGCUCGUGGUGGACGAUGGGAUACGAAUGGUGACCGUGCACUUCGACCGCAACAACAGCGAAAUGCUCAUCAAUAUGACGAGCACAUUGAACUUCACCAACUCUAACUUCUUCACGGUGCUGGUGGACAGCGUUAACUGCCAGGUGCUCUACAUGAAGACGGUCGUCGGCACUCGACAAUUGGACAAUGUCAUCCAUAUUCAGCCCCUCAGCCAAAGACAGGUGAACUUCACUGUCAGUAUGGAGAUCAGUGGAAGCCUCUCCUAUGUUUAUGCCUUCUGUACCAUGCCCAGCAUCAAGGUCCAUAACAUCGUGGUGUUAAUGCAGACCUCGGUGAAGACCUCCUAUAUGGUGCGCACCGCCCAGAAUACCAUGGAGGCCUACCACUACAUUGACUGUGGCUCUAACUCCACCGUUCACCAGCCUUCCGUGUCCCGGGGUCAUUGAGGUGCUGCCCUCACAGCCCGUCCUCCGUGGGGGGGCCGGUGUUGUGGGACAGGCAUUCGCCCUGUAUCACUCAUCCCGUCUCAUCUCUUUAUGGUCUCAAAGCUUCAGUUUGCAGUUUGACAGGUACCAGUGACAUAGAUCUGCUGUAGAUAUAGAUCUCCUCUUUGGUUACUACUGUAACAGUGGUGGCUGCCCUGUAAUCAUUUUACUAAUGGAUAAUGGCUUUUACGAAAAUCUCGUCCAUAGACGAAUCCUCUGUAGCACUUGCACAAUUUGAGCUUGUCAGUAUCGAUAUUUGGGAUGUUGUAGUGGGGGUGAGGUCUGUUUCUCUCCUUUUUUGAUCAGGGUGGUAACACUACAUAGAGUUGAGUGAAAUCACUGUAGCAGGUCAGGCCUGUGUGAUGAUCUCACACACGGGCCACUGUAACGCUUGGAUUGUCUUGUCUGCUUGUUAGGUCAAUCCUCCUCACAGCAAAGCUGUUACAUCUCAUUUACAUUAUGGGGGGAUAUUUAUUUAUUAUUCACUGCUGAUUUGUGUUCAGUCUCAGGGAUAUUAAUGGUAACAUCAGAUAUUUACCCAAGAUCAAAGCGCUUAUUUUGAGGGAGGCAUCUAUCACUAUUAAUACUGAUUUCCAUACUUUACCUAGAUUUGGAAAUGAUUUGAAAUUUUGCUUCUGUCUACGCAUGACAAAUUCCUGUUCCUGAUAAUCUGCUUUGGGUACCCCUUUUGAAAAAGUGCUUAUAUAAAGUUGUAAUUGAUCGAAUUGAAUCAACUCGUAUGUAUGGGUUUUCAAGCAUGCAAAGUUCCUUGAACCCUGCAAAAUACAGAAAUGGCAUUGAAUUAACUUGCACAGUGAUGUACAAAUACUGUGCAUGAACUCUUCCAGCAGACUUAAUGUCUGUACCAGUCAGCUUUCUCACAAGGACUGUCCCAUGUUGAAAUUUAUAUCUGUAGCAGCUGUCUAUAGCCCAUUCACAGCUUUGGCACAGUAAGUCCGGCCACUUUCCACCUUUUAGAUGUGGUUUUACCCAAUUUGGGGAAGGAAUGUACAGCAGGAAUGGCACGGAAACCAAAAAACCUUGGUAACUCCGAGCAGUUGAGUCUCCAUCCUUGGUGUGUUCCAGAUGUGUGUUCUGGCUCGUUAAUAAUGCAAAACACACAAGACGGAUGUGUUUGUGAUUUGCGUUGUCUUACCCAAAAAGAAGUCUCAUGUUGAUCCCAUGAUCAAUAUGUAAUGGGGAGAGCUGUUUGUGGAGAAGCAGAUUCCUCAGGAGGGUAAGAAUGAUUUCACAUUUUAUUACUUGUGGAAGGAUGAUUACAGAAAGGUGUGCUAGAUUAGAUGUUAGUUGGGUUGUCUGAUUUGAUUGCACAUGGUUUUUCCAUCAUAGCUGGCUUCACAUGGAAGUUGUGCAUUGGAAUGGACAAUUUUCCCCUCACGGCCUCCAGGUGUUUCCUUGGUUUCCAUUUGCUUUGGUUGGAAAGGAUGUACUUAAUUUUCGCUGAUUUAAACUGACUUUUUAUGCUGUGUAUAUACAGGUUUAGCUAACAAUCCUGUGGGGUGAAAACUCGGCCUUGGCAUUUAAAGUUCCAGGUUUAAACGGGUUAAACUUCCGUUUUUUCUGAGAUCAGGGGUCACUGGUGAAACUGCUGAAAUGUUGAGGUCGUCUGUCAGGCCCACAUGCCCGGCUCCCCUUUCUCUGCCCUACGCUCUGUUUAACAUGGCAGGCUGCUUUGGCUGGGAAUCUGGAGCCUGAAUUAUUAUUUUUUUUUACUGCUAUUCCUUUGCUUGGAAAAGGCCUGUUUCUAUUUCUCAUUCUGACAUGCAGUGAAUUCCACAUGUAAGUGGGUUUGUUUCCAAUUAAUAAAGUUUUUAAAAAAUAAAAAAUGUUUCUGGAAAAACA